AGCGAGCUGCUUCUUACACAACUUUUACACUUUUAGAUCGACAAUACCUUUUUAUUUAUCUCACAGCCGGCAAGAUGGUUGAUCCUCGCCCAUACCACGUUCUCAGUUAUGGAACCCUUCUGGGAGUGCAGAUCUACCAGUCUUUCGUGUCGGGUAUCAUCGCUUUCCGAGCCCUUCCUCGUCCGCAAUUCGCGCAGCUUCAGACUGCCACUUUCCCAGUCUACUUCUCCCUCCAGUCCGCGCUCCCCGUCGUGGUUGCACUGACGGCCAGCCGCGCCGGACAGCUGCACGGCAUCUCUGGUCUUCUUGAACCGGAGAACCGCGGGACCCUGCUUUCCAUGGCGACCAUCGCCGUUGCCAGUUUCGUCAACCUGACGGUGCUGCGUCCGAUGACUGUCAAUGUUAUGCGCGAGCGGAAGCACCAGGAAACGCGCGAUGGUAAGAAGAGCUAUGAUCCGGCUCCUCACUCCAAGGAGAUGGUCGCUCUGAACAAGAAAUUCGGCCGUCUCCACGGCAUUUCUAGCUUGGUCAACCUUGUUUGCCUGGGUGCUACGAUCUACUAUGGCGCUGUUCUUGGAAAGCAGCUGGCAUAGUUCUGACUUCCCUGCUUCUCUGAAGACUUGUGGACGAUUUGGAUGUAUUUCUCUAGGACUGCGGCCGCAGUUGUUGAGGGCAAUGUUUUAGUGGGAACCACGCUCGAGACUACAAUAGAUAGUAUACCAUAUGUGUCGAUGAGGACACUUGUGUAUCUGAUUGAAGCUAGUAGUAAGUACGAAUAUGAUCACUCUCCCUGGC